UGGGACCAAGAAAGAUAUGUACCACGAAAAAUAAAGCCAUCGUUCCCAAGCCCAAUCUGGCUACAGCACAGCUAAAUCGGCAACACUGACCACGUAUUUGAUUUGAGUAUUUGAUAGUCGCCAAAUCACGGCACCUGCAGCCGCCCCCGGAUAAUGCCAACUGUUUAAGAUCGUGCAUUGAGUCCCGACCCAAACGAAUCGCAAACGCUUGCUCCUAAAAACCGUCAUCUGCCCGCCAUGAACCUGCCGGAACGCAGCCGCUUUCUGAUCUUUGCCGUGGGCAUAUUCGUCUGCUACUUCCUGUACGGGAUUGUCCAAGAGAAGUUGACCCGGGGUCGCUAUGGCGAAGAGGUCCAGCCGGAUGGAUCUGUGGGCGAACGCUUCACCUACGCAUUGGCCCUAGUUUGGGUGCAGUGCCUCUGCAACUAUGUGUUUGCCAAGGUGCUCCUAACGGUGCGACCUCAGAAGGAGGACACCACAAACGUGGGUUCCUACGUGGCAAGUUCACUAACCUAUCUGCUAGCCAUGGUUUCCACCAAUAUGGCCAUGCGCUGGGUUCCCUAUCCCACUGCUGUGGUGGGAAAGUCCGCCAAGCCCAUUCCUGUCAUGAUCCUGGGCGUGCUGAUUGGCCGCAAGUCCUACAGUUGGACGCGCUAUGCCUGUGUACUGACCAUCGUCCUGGGCGUUAUACUGUUUAUGUACAAGGAGGGCAAGGUAUCCAAUUUACCGGCUGAGACUACGCUCUUGGGGGAGGUACUUCUCUUUCUGAGCCUCGCCAUGGAUGGCUUGACUGGAGCAGUGCAGGAACGCAUCCGAGCGGCUAGUGCGCCAUCGGGUCAGCAGAUGAUGAGGGCCAUGAACUUCUGGAGCACUAUAAUGCUGGGCGUAGCCAUGGUUUUCACAGGUGAGGCUAAGGAGUUCCUGUACUUCACAAUACGCCAUCCUGAGUCCUGGACCCAUUUGUCGCUGAUUGCUGUGUGUGGCGUUCUUGGUCAGUUCUUCAUUUUUCUGAUGGUGGCCAAGUUUGGGCCACUGGCCUGCUCCGUGGUCACCACCACGCGCAAGUUCUUCACCGUCCUGUGUUCUGUGCUACUGUUUGGAAACGUCCUGAUCGCCCGUCAGUGGCUUGGAGCUGUACUCGUGUUCGCCGCAUUAUUUGUGGACAUGCUUUAUGGCAAGAAGGCGCCAGUGCCGGCGGCCAAAAAGCCACCCGUCGAGGGAAAGCUGUCUGAUGAGAAAAAGAAAAUGCUUUCGUAGAAUUUACUAGAUGAUUGCUUAGCAUAAUGUACAUACACACACAUUUAGAGAAGACAACGCUUUCGCCCCAGGCCAAUGUGUCCCCACUUCCCGGAACUGCUAAUCGUACAAAGGGUUUUAGCUAUAGCGAACACAUCAUUCGAUUUUGAUCUGCAAACCAUUUACAGUCGUUUUAAGUUAACUAAAUUAUUGA